GUGCAUCCAGUCGCUACUUGCUACCCGCUUUCCAGUAGCAUAUACUCAAGCGGGCAGCUGAGUUCUGAAAGACUUCAAACAUGGCCGCUCCGGUCAAAGCUGAGGAGGUCCAGGUGCACUAUGCAGGCACGGCUGCUCAGCAGCACAACAACUUUGACCCCUCUGGGAAGUACAAACUCAAGUGCGAGGGCGCGUUCGCGGCAGUGGAGUGCGCCAUUAGCGAGAGCGAUGGGCUGAAGAGCCAGGGCAGCGUGAUGGUGACCAUGAGCGGCAACGUGGAUAUCGACACCAAAAUGGAGGGCGGUCUGGGCAGCUCCCUGCUUCGCUGCUGCUGCGCUGGCGGGUCUAUGUUCUUCAGCCACUACUCGAUCAAGCCUGGCCAGGGUCCUCGUGGUGAUGUGCUGCUUGCGCCGCCUGUACCUGGCGAGAUAAUGUUAUUGCACCUGGAUGGCGCGCAGGGCUGGGUGGUGCAGCCUGGUGGCUACCUGGCGUGUGACCACAGCGUCAACAUCGGUGUGAAGAUGCUGGACAUUGCGCAGGGCUGCUGCGGCGGCGAGGGCUUCUUUGUGAUGGAGGCCAACGGCCGCGGCCGGCUGCUCAUCUGCUCCUACGGCGCCAUCACGCGGUACGACCUCGCGCCGGGCGAGAAGCGGAAGAUUGACAACGGCUACUGCGUGGCGUGGACCAGCGGCAUGGAGUGGAACAUCGCCAAGGCUGCUAAGGGGCUGUGGAACACGGUGGUUUCGGGCGAGGGGCUGGUGGCGAACUUCACGGGGCCCGGCACUGUGUUCGUGCAGACGCGCUCCAUGCAGAACCUGGCCAACGCACUCGUACCGUACCUGCCCAAGCCCAGCAGCGGCGGUGACAGUAGUGGGAUUGACAUCAACAAUGACUAAAUUAAGUAACUAGGAUGCAACAAGAGUAAAUUAUCCGACCUUUGUUUCAUGGACCUUUUCUGGGAGCUGCUGGCUGGCUUGGAAAGGGCGGAACGCAAGCUGGACAUGAGCACGAUUGCCGGCUGCUGGCCUGACGGCUGUGGUGUUGUACUGGCACAGACGGGCACGUUCGGUAUCUUCCUUAAGCUGACAGUCCCUACAUGGUUAGGAAUGUGCCAUGUGGAUGUCUCGCGAGUCAUGAACUGUUGCUUGCUAGUGCUCAGACUGCUGGGUAUGCAUGUCUGGUGUGUGAGGUGCCGAGACACCGAGCGGCACUCAGGCACGGCGGUCCAGCGGCGUUUGAUGGCGGGCGCUUAUGUUUACUUGUAUACGGUAUGUGUGGGUGAGAAUGUAUUGUGUCAACUUGCGGUGAUUGGUUGCUGGUCUUGACGAGAGGGGCGCGCACACCGACGGUGGGCGUCCAUCCAGUGCAUGCAGUCGUGCGAACUUGAACUAGACAGAACUUUUGAGCGCCUCAACUUG